GAAUCGUCAAACCGACUCAAACGAACGAUUCAUUCGCGAAUCGGACCCCACUGCUUUGAAGAACCAUGGCGGUGAAACAAAUGACAUGCUUGGGGAUCUAAAUUACACAGAGCAGAAGAACCGGCGCCCGUGGACAGUGAGAUAUCCGUGGAGAUGAGCGCGGGGGUUUUCGAUACAAUGUAUCAGAGUGACUCCGAAGGGCGCAUGCCAUUGUCCCGUUGAGGAUACAGGACCACGGACCUAAAGUACAGUUUUAACGUAGAACACUUUAAAAGUCACUGAAAAUGAUGAAAGCAGAGAGCAAGGGUGAACGCACCCUGCGGAGCGCGUCCCCGCAUAGAAAUUCGUACAAGUCGGACUUCCACGCCAUUAAGUGCUCUUUUGAUGGGACCAAAUCCGACAGCGAGGACAAAUCUUAUGCUAAUGGAGCCAGUGACCUCCGGGAGGACACCAGAGGGAGGCCGUUUGGCACCCGGGUGAACAAAAUAAAGAACAUUUUCCUGCAAAUGGACGGCCAGCAACCUCCGGAGAGUCAGGAACCGGCUCACAAUACAGAUGCAUCUUCUCCUGUAUCCCCAGUGUCCAAGUUCCCAGUCAGCGCUCACAAAACCUGCCUCAGCAGCGCCAACAACCAAGAACCGCAAAACGCAGACAGAACUCCAAAGGGAGAGGAAGUCGAGAUAGAUAAAGUCGCCCUGGCGGAAAAAUUUUCAGUUACCAGAAAGCUAUUUGAGAGAGGGAUAAAAGAGCAGCCUGCCGCAGACAAGCCGGGACCCGGCAGGGUUUCUACUCGCCUGUCUCAGGGGAAGGUUCCUGAGGAGGGGCGUGGGGCCCGGAGGUCCUUUGGAUCUUCUGAGAAUAGCAGCAGUAAUGUCAUCAAAAGCCCGACGUCACCCGUGAGGAGUGCCCCAGAGGAAAGGAGGGACAUUGAGGACUCGAAACAGGUCAAUAGAUUGUCACUUAAUGCCGGGCCUAUUUCCAAGCGGUUGGAGAACUUCAUUGUGGAUGGCAACAAAGAAGAGUCAGUGCAAAGUCCUGAGAAACUGAGCAGCCCUGCUGAGCGCUCGCUGCCAUCACCUCUACGAGGGAGCUUCCAAAAACCCAGCUCGCCUGGUGCUGAUCCAGCACACAAACCUACGUCCCCAAACUCUGACAAACUCUCGCCUAAAACCAACUCCAGCAGCCCUCCGUUCAAGUCCAUCAGCCCGAUUUCAUACAAACCCACCUCUCCGACCAGCAGAAGCCCCAGCGAGCCUCUUUCUCGCAAUGCUCAAAGUCCAUUUAAGCAUUCGCCAUCAUCAGGAAACGAAUCGGAAAAAGACUUCACGACAAAUGAAGCACCUCAACUAAGUAGUACUCCUGCGAAGGAUCUCAAAGCUUCACCCUCUGCCAGCAGCAUAUAUAAACAGCCCUGGAGUCCGGAGGAACCAAAGAGCAAAAACCACAUAAUUCGAAGUCCGUCUAGGGACAUCUAUCAAGAGCAGGCUGCACAAAGUCUGGACCCUACUGGUGCAGGGGUGGUCCGGGCAGAGCUGGUAGUGGUCCAGAAUGAGUCUUCAGAAAGCGAGGAGAACGAUGAAGAGUUUUUGGAGGAGGUGAAGCUGCAAAAGGAACUUAAAUCAGAGGCGCCGAGAAAAGAUGUGACUGACUCUCUGCAGGUGUCAUCACCUCAAAACCAUACAGAGGACAAACAGCUGGAGAAGGAUGCGUGUGUUUCAACAGAGCUGAAGAAAGAGGAACCAAAUCAAGAAGAAGAAGAGGAGGAGGAGGAGGAGAUCAUCCACAAGAAGAAUAGCUGUCAUGAAGAUGAUGAUGAGGAGGAGAGUGAGCAGGAAGAUCCAGAUGAAUGCGGGAAAACGUCUCCGGUGUUUUAUAGUUUUGAGAAUGCAGCAUUUGUGGAUGAUAAGGAACCGGUUCAGGACCAGCAGGACGAGGAGGAUGAAGAUGAGGUCUAUGAGGAGUAUGAUGAAGCUCCUGGUUUGUCUGAGGAUGAGGAAGGGCCUCCAAGAAGGAAAAUCAGAUUCUCCACUGAGCCGAUGCGGGUGUACAGCACAUUCUCUAAUGAAGAGUACGACAGGAGGAAUGAUGAUGUGGAUCCUGUGGCGGCGUCUGCCGAGUAUGAGCUGGAGAAACGGGUGGAGAAGAUGGACGUGUUUCCCGUGGAGAUCGAGAAAGGUGAUAAAGGCCUGGGGAUCAGUAUUAUAGGGAUGGGUGUUGGGGCAGAUCAGGGUCUGGAGAAACUGGGCAUCUUCGUCAAGACCAUCACGCAGGACGGAGCUGCAGAGAGAGAUGGCAGGAUCCAGGUGAAUGAUCAGAUUGUGGAGGUGGAUGGCAUCAGUCUGGUUGGUGUGACGCAACUCUUUGCUGCGACCGUCCUGAAGAACACGAAGGGAACUGUAAGGUUUCUGAUUGGCCGAGAGAAGCCAGGUGCUCAGAGUGAGGUGGCACGCCUGAUCAGUGAAACCCUGGAGCAGGAGCGGCAGCAGCAGCAGGUGGACGACACAUACGAGCAGUCCACUGAAGAGGACGAGCACUACGAGGAUGAGGAGGAAGUGGGGGAGGAUGGCAUCCUUGGUUCGAGCUUCGGCAGGAGGAAUGUGGAAGUGUACGAUCUGCCCGAGAGUGAGGAAAUGUUCCUGCCAUCAGACAUGGACGCUGCUCAACUAACAUUCAGAUUUAAAGAGCUCCAGAUAAAGCACACCAUUGCAGAAGCCGAAGUAGAUGAACUGAAAGAGAGAUUGAGAGAGUCGUCAGAGGAGCGUGUGGCGUGGGAGGCGAGGGAAGCUCAGUUAGAGAGGAGCGUUCAGGAGAACUCGGAGAGGAUCGCUCAGAUGGAGAAGAACUGGCUGGAGGCUCAGGCUCUCUGUAAAAGCAUCGACGAACAGCUCAAUGACACGCAGAGCCAAUAUGAAGCUCUGGAUAAAAAAUACAGCAAAGCCAGGAAACUGCUCAAGGACUAUCAGCAGAAAGAGGCGGAGUAUGAGCAGAGGGAGGAGGACUUGCUGAGAACUCUGGAGGAGAGAGAGGCCAAGUAUAAAACUCAGAUAGAGGAUCUGCAGCGCAGGCUGGCAAAGCUUGAAUCUGGCAGCGGUCGUCAUGAGUCUCCACUGUCGGGCAGUAAGUCUGCAGAUUCAGUUCUGCUGGGACCGGACUGGAGUGAGAUGGUUCCUGAGACGGAGCGUUUGGACACCAGCGCCCAUCGUGCAAAGGCCCAGCUGGCCCAGAGGUCCAAGCGGCAGCCGCCGUCCCGCAGUAAACUCAAAGAGACGCUCAGCUCGCCAGUGAGAAGCCCACAGGGUGAUGAUGAGAGUCAGUCUGCGAGUCCUGAGUCUCCACCGCCUCGUAGGAGAUCAGUCCAGGAGAGUUUGUCCCUGCCGGUCGCCAUAUCUUCCUCUGCUAACCACCAGAAGGAUGAAGGUUCUGUUACGAGCAACAGCCAAUCAGUGCAGAGGGAUCCUCAAAACCCCGCCCUCUCCUCUCCUUUCCUGCGGAAUGUAAAGAAGAGAGAGUCCAAAGGCAAGGGCAAAGAGCUCAAAGAUGAGUCUAAUGAUGCAGCUGGAAAAACUAAAAGAAGAUUCCCAGACUUUGGUGGUUUAAGGAAAUCAGGAGGAAAAGGGAAAAAACUAAGCAAAGAAGCUACGAGGGCGUCACUGGACAGCAGGGGUUCAGCGGAGUUACUGGAGGAGUCAGGGGCCCGAGUCUCCCCUUCAGAGUCCGUGACCUCCAUCCCCACCUGCAUGCCCUUCUCCUGGUUUGGAGAGAAAGACAAAGAGCGAGACAGAGAGCCGUCGUCCUCGUCCAGCAGUCUCCCACACGCCACUGCAGACGCCAGUGAACACAGCCACAGCUCCAAAAACAAGAGUUUGUCAGUGCUAGAUGAUUCGAACCCCAGCAGUCCUGCUGCUGAUUUUUCUGGGCUGGUGGUGGAGCCCAACCUGUCAGGCCGUUCUCAUACAUUAACCUUCUCCUCCAGCGAGUGUUUGUUUUGCAUGACCAGGAGGAUCAGACGCAUGCUUCAUGUUCAUGUUCAUCUCCUGUGCACAGAAAUCAUCCCACAUUCAUUCAUAUAUUCUACAAUGCUGGAUGAGGAGCCUUGUUCUGGAGGGAAGGAGUAUCACUGGCAGAACCGUCCUGUCUCUAAUUGGACGUCCCAGCAGGUGUGUCAUUGGCUGAUGGGUAUGAACAUGGAUCAGUACACGCCUGAGUUCAGCACACAGGCCAUCGAUGGACAGCAGCUCCUCAACCUGGACAGUGACAGACUGAAGGCUCUGGGUGUUUCCAGUCAGAAUGACCGAGCCACCAUCAAGAAGAAACUGAAGGAGAUGAAGAAAGCACAAGAGAAGAUGGAGAAACAGCGGGAAAAGCGUGAGAAAGAGGCCAGACGCAGCGGACGGCUGCCUGCCAGCACUGACUCUGUGUGCUGAGGAUGUUCAGUGCAUCACCUUUUCCUCUUUUAUUCGUCUUCGUUCUUGACACACUCCAUUGGCAGACUGUUACAACACAUAUGAGCCAUUCUAGAGGAGUUGCUAUGAGUGAAUACGGUCUGUAACUCGUUAAUAACAGUCAGACGGUCGAGCUGAAACACUAAUGAAGCUGCUUAUGAGAUCAUAUUGUACUCUUUUCACUUCAGUCUGUGCAGCACAAAUAUGAGCAGAAAUAUACUGUUCCUCUACAGAUUGUACCCAAUGUUGCCUUCACUGUAAAAAGAAAAAAAGUUUUUAAAAUAAAUAUUUUCUUUUUUUUUCAGUAAAAUAUCCCUAAAACAAGAUUAAUGUAUUUGCAUAAGAAAAGACAGAUAUUUAGAGAAUAUGCACAGUUUUGUUAAAUGUAUAUUUUUAUUGUUGUUUUAACUAAAAGCUUAAAUCUCCAGAAGAAAUUGCAUUUAAUUUAAAAUAAUCCCCUGAAAGAAAAUAAAUCUCUAUUAAUGUAUCCUAAGAACGUUUAGAUCAUUUUCCUGGAAAACAAGACAAAAUGCUGAUUAAGAAAAUGAUUUUUUUUCAGUGUUCUGAGUAAGUGAGAUAUUAUACUAGCUUGUAAGAAAAUGAAUAGGGCUGUCCAAUUCAUAGCAGACUAAAACUUUUAUUAGUUUUAAUUGCAUUUUAUGAUACCACUGUAGGAGCUUGCUAAGGGAUAUAUAAAUAUUCAGAUGCCUUUUUUCACAACUAUUUUCACAACUAAUAUUGUGGCACGAACAGUGCUUACAAAAAAGAUUUUGUAUUGUAUUUUAGAUGUAUUUCUGGCCUGUGGUGCUAGACGGGUCAUUCUGCUGGAUCCUUGUACAGUUGAGUGAUAUUGAGCACUAUGUUUUUACUAAAACAAAAGGGGAACAUGGUUUAUAAAUGUACAAAUGAAAUAUUUUAUACACAAUUAUUAGCAUAGCUUUAAGCGAGAGACUAACUUUUGUACACAUUUUCUACUAAGUAGAAUAGCUUGUUGGUUAAAACCAUUUUGCUAAUUCUGAAACGCAGAGAGUGAAACUCAAAGUGAAAGGUGUUUGAACAUCUCAUCUUGUUUGUUGUUUUUAUUUGGACAGUUACUGCUUUUAUAUGAUGGAUAUGGGUCAUAAAGACAUAAUUGUUACACAAUGUAGCAUUGUUUUAAUAGUGGCCAUGGCCAAAAUUGUAUUUGACUAACAGAGGCUGUAAUGAAUUUAAGUACUGGAUAAUCAUCUGAUUGUAAGGAGAGGGAUCAUGUCAUCCUGAUUCUGUGUCCUGUGGUUAUAUUUUUCUACCUUGUAAAAUACAUGAUUUUGAACAGACAAAAAUCAAGCUUUCUAUCUUGUACAAAGUGUAUAAGCUGCUAAAUAAAUGCUUUCACCUCUUGUAAAAGAA